AUGAGGACAGAAUUUAAAACCCAGCACCCAUUCAACAAACUGGACAUCCUACGUAAGCCUUUGCUAUCAACUCCAAGGGAUCCCAUGCUUAACCUUCUGGCCUCCUCACUUACAGAACUAUCAUAUGCUUGGGUCUUCAACGAGUAUCCAUCAUUUGUUGAAGAAGACAGUCGGAGAUUUGUCUCUCAAGAGACAGGGCACCUCUACAUAGCUAAGGUGGAAUCAUCUGAUGUGGGAAAUUACACAUGUGUGGUGACUAGCACUGUGACAAACGCCAGAGUAUUGGGCUCCCCAACCCCUUUGGUGCUACGCUCUGAUGGUGUCAUGGGUGAAUAUGAACCUAAAAUAGAAGUCCAGUUUCCCGAGACUCUUCCAGCAGCUAAAGGUUCAACUGUGAAGUUGGAAUGUUUCGCCCUUGGGAA